AUGCUUCACGACCUCCUCAUGGAGCUGAACCUGAUGAGCACAUUCGAAGCGGCUAAGAACUCGACACUUUUGGCGAUGAAUGACGAUGCUUUCGAAUACCUCGCGAACUGGGGGAUGAACCUCAGCUCGAUAGAUCCAGAGCUUGCAAGAGGGAUCAUGAAGUAUCAUUUCCUAGAUGGUUUUUACACUUCAACGAAUCCCCUGUUGGGAAUGGAGACGCAGCUGAUUCAUUCCGUUCUCCGUCCGCCUAUUUUCACAAACGUUUCGGACGGUGCCGUGGUCAAGCUGACGGCUGCCGAUAAUGAAAACCCAUUUCGGGUAGAAUGCGGGAUCCAGAAGGUUUUGCCCAUCGUCGAAGCGGACAUCUACUACGACUCAGGCGUCUUGCACACCAUCAGCGAGAACCUCGUCCUUCCGCACAAUCUGUCAGAAACGACAAACUUGGGAAAUCUUGAAAAGUUCUGGAGCCUCGUCCAAAAGGCUCAAAUGAGCGAGCUUUUGGAAUCCUUCCGAGACACGACGAUUAUGUUGCCAAGCAAUGAAGCGAUGGAGAAAUACAAAUUUCAUCUUGAAUCUCUCGGCCCAGCGGACCUCCGGACUACCAUCAACAACCACGUAAUCCCGAACCGUGUUUUGUACCACACGAACUUCAGAGCGGGCAGCGAGGAGGUCACAGCAGUGAGCGGGCUUAAGCUCAAGUUAAGCCGUGACUCCGUGGACCGCCUCUUUGUCAACCAUGCGCAAGUUCUGAAGCAGGACGUGCUCAUCUACGGCGGGGUUUCACAGGUGUUGGACAACGUGCUUCUAGCUCUGACUUGA